UUUCAGGGGUCGAUUUGAACGAUUCGCACUCAGGUGAAACAUUACCUGGAGAAAUAUCGCUGCGUUUCCACACAUUAAAGACGCAACGCGUCAUCCUGAUAAAUGACAGCAAGGGCACUCGCGCGUGGGUGAACAGGACUUGGUGCCACAUGGCGAUGUUUUCGAGCCAAAUGUCUUCUACUCCCUUCUCAGUCCGGGACAUUUUAAACCUGGAACAGAGCCACGAAGACAUUGUUUCGUUAGAAAUGUCGCUUCCCACUUCGUCCUGCAUGAUGUUUAAACCGGAGCCUUUCGUGGACGCGGUGAACGGAGCUGCGCUUUUCGCUCCUGGAGACGAGCAGGACGCUAAAGGUGACAGGAGCUCAUCUCUGGACUUUAGUCCUUCCUUUUAUGGGAAGAGUUUCUUAGAAAUAGAUCUAGCCAAAGACGCAAAGACGGACGACACCCUUGAAGCAAAAGAGAGAAAAGAGAAGAUGCGCACACCGGAGGAGAGACAGAAACCUGACGAGGCGGAGCGGCCUGGGCAGCGGAAACGGCGGAAGCCCCGCGUGCUAUUCUCUCAAGCGCAGGUGUACGAGCUCGAGCGGCGCUUCAAGCAGCAGAAGUACCUGUCGGCGCCCGAGCGGGACCACCUGGCCCAUGUGUUGAAGCUGACGUCCACGCAGGUGAAGAUCUGGUUUCAGAAUAGGCGUUACAAGUGCAAGCGGCAGCGUCAGGACCAGACGCUCGAAAUGGUGGGCGCUGGCCCGCCGAGGCGCGUAUCCGUGCCCGUGCUAGUGCGCGACGGCAAGCGCUGUUUGGGAGACGCCGCGUCCGCGUACAGCGCGUCGUACAACAUGGGGAUCAACCACUUCCCGUAUAACGCCUACCACAGCUUCGGGAACGUGAACUUCCCCAGCGCUGGAAAUACGAACUACACGUGCAACUACACGGCGAGCGCAAACGUGCCUCCGGUGCAGACGUCACCGUCCAGCGGUAAUUAUGUGAAUUUUGGAGUCGGGGAUCUGAAUAACGUGCAGACGCCGUUUCAGGCCAGCGGCGGAGUUUCCUCGUUGCACGGCAUACGUGCGUGGUGAAGCAGACUCUCCUGGACAUCGUGACACUCUCAGCUGCAUCUGUGGGAUGGUUGGAAUGACACAAUAUUCUCCCUGUUUCAAAAGUUUGUACAUUAGUGUGAAUUAACCGUGUGCGUAACACUUCAGUAUAGUGGAACUAAUCAGUUAAUGCAUUUAAGAGAGACGUCAGUUUUGUUCAUCAACGGUAAUUAAAGAGAAACAAGCAGUUAGCAUAUGAUUUGCUUGUAUUGUUCUGGGUUGCUUCUUCCAAAGAGUGUCGAGCCAUCUGUUCUACACACUCUUAGAAAUUUCAGAGAUUGGUAGCGUCUCUGCUGCACAUUGUACACUCACAAAUAAUGGUACUACACUAUACUUCUCCCUUUUAGCUAAGAUGAAACCAUCAGGCAGAAAUGUUUUGCACAUUAUAGACUCUGUAUAUUGGAACGUUGCAUGUGCUUUAAUUAGCUGUUAGACUACAACUGUAAAGGUUAAAUUAUGUUUCCAGGUAUAUGAUAGUAAUUGUGCAGAACGUGUCUCCUUGAUACAGUUUGGUGCCUUUAUUUCUUGGAGUUUCUCUCUCGAGUGCUAUUAGAAAAGGUAAGAGCUAAAGCAAAGCUAAGAGACCUCUUAAUUAUCCAAUUAUCCAUUGGUGGGCCUUAUUAACCUAAGAGUGUAGACACAACCAUAUCCCAUAUAAAAUAUUAGACAAGAAAAUAAACAGCGCCAGAUGUUAUAAAAUUUUUCUUCAAAAUGUAAGGCAAUACUUUAAAGCUUUUUUUUUUUUUUUUGUAACCAAGGUAAUUUCUUCAAAACUGUAUUUUAUUUUGAGUGAGAAAAGAAGAAAGAAUACAAUCUUCUUUACACUAAAGUCAUACAUUUAUGUUCAUGUUUACUUCAACUUAGUUUCAUAAUUAUUUUAACCGUUUUGUAUAAUAAUAUAUCGAAAUUUCACUGUAGGAAUUGAGACACGACACUCAAGAAAGUUUACAGAAAAAUAAAAAAAUAACACAUGGAUAAAACAGAUAGGCAGAUGUCAUUUUUAUUGUUAUUAUUAUGAAUGAACACACGAAUGGAAAACAUAAUUAAAAUAAAACUGAGUACUCUUAGGUUACGGGCAUGUUAAGGAGACAAGAUCAAAUGAUCUAUUUUAAAUUAUAGAACCCGCGUUCACAUCUAUGGCCAUCAAUUAAAUAUUCCAAGAUGCAGACUGUACGUUAUAAUGAACUUUAUCAUAAAUGAUUAAUCAGUGGUUUUAUUUUCAUUUUAUUUGUGUAUAUUUGAAGGAACUGAGAGGAUGGUGAACUCUAGGAUAAGACAACUUGCUUGUGAUGUUGCCUCAGAGAGCUGUGUUUUGUGCAUCACUGACAUUAACAGAACUGCACCAAUUAUUUUCACACAUCACAUUAGUGUCAUUUGUAGCUUUGCUGUGAAUUCUGCUUUUUGGAUGAACUGUGGUUAGUUGUAUUACUAUUAUUAUUAUUAUUAUUAUUAUUAUUAUUAUUAUUAUUUUGUAGAAAUGUAAGGAAUAUAACUUAAUUCUUGAGCGUGGUUCAAAAUGCGUGUUUUUGAAAUGCGGCGUGUUUUUAACGAAUUCAGCUUCUGAACGAUGAAAACGGAUUGAAAACACCAAGCCCGCACAUCCAAACACAUUUAAGUAUGAGUUAAUGUUUGUUUGUUUGUUUUUCUGUUUUAAUAUCAUAUCUUUGUUCUUAUAUGAAUUUGACUUGGGUGACCACUGAAAGCGGACCCACACUUAAAAAGUGAUAAUAUUUGUCGAUACAGUCGGCUGUUAACUUUUGUGUAACUGUUUCGUUACGGUACAUUUCUGUAGCCAUGAUCUGUAAUCCUGUAAUCUAAAAUAAACUCA